AUGCGUAAUAUGCCUACCUCAAUCAAAAGACGAAAGCAAUCAACAGAAACUGGAAGGUCGAUAGACGAUAAUUCAUUCACUUCCGAAGGUAAUUUGAGAAACUCUCCUGCAGAAAAGAAAGCGGACCUCAGCAGAAAAAAGAACAAUUCAAUUGUCAAAACGGCAAGCAAAGUAAAGAGGCAGCAGAAUCCGAUAAAAGCUGAUGAUAGUCCAGCAGAGAUACCAUUAAAAGCUAUGUUAAAUUAUGUGAUCCAAGAAAACGAAAUGUUACUUGAUGAGUUUUCCGUGACACAGCGCGAAUUACGCAAAUUGAAAACAGAAAGACGACUAUUACUGGACGUUUUAGUGAAGAAAAAUGGUUUAUAA